AUGAGCCGUUUUGCCGGCAAGUGGAGCCCGCAGAUUGGCGCCGUGACGGAGACCGUUUGUGUGUCCUGCACGGCAGGUCGCUACAACGAGAAGGUUGGCUCCUCCGGCUUCGAAGCCUGCAUCUCCUGCAAACCUGGCACCUGGAGUGGCAAGAUCGGUGCGGACACGGUGAGCGUGUGCGAGGCUUGUCCAGCAGGCAAGUGGAGCCCCGCAAUGGGCGCUACGUUUCCCGAGACCUGCGCCAGCUGCCAGCCGGGAACCUGGAGCAGCACAAAGGGUGCCUCCGCCCAGACCUUCUGUGAGAAAUGCGGCCCGGGGAAGUACAGCGAG